UCUUGUAGUAAAGUAACAAUCUUUCAGUAAUCUUGAAAAAAUAAAUUUAAGGUUUUCUUAUUUUCAGCAGUUCAAAUAUCUCUUAGAAGAACGUUUUUGUCACUAUUCUUUUCUUUUUGAAAAUAAUGGAUAGCCAGAAGCUAAAUAUUCAAAAGGUUUUGGAAAUUCCCUUCCAACUGCCAUCUUUAUUCUUUCAGCCUGUAGGCUCCAAGCACAUAACAAACAACAACUUGCAUGCUGGAAAGCAGCAAUGGGUCCAAGUUCAGCAGAUGUUUGAAGAUAACACCAAUGAGUGUAUGCUGCUAAGGGCAGAGCUGAAACAGAAGAGUGCUCUCCCUCAGCUGAGCUGGUCUGCCUCCUCUAUAUCACCUGACUGCAAACUGAAGCCAGCCCAUAUGACCCCUGUUCAGGCUAUGAAACAUUACAAGCCUAAGAUGACACAAUUUGAACAUCGUGAAAUUUUCAGUUACAGCAAGAUCUUCUUUGUAGGUCAAAAUGCCAAGAAACGACCAGGUGUUUUUGGAGCUUCAAACAACUGUGGCUAUGAUGAUGACCAGGGCUCCUAUAUCUUUGUGCCACAUGAUCAUCUUGCUUAUCGCUAUGAGGUACUCAAAGUCAUUGGCACAGGCACCUUUGGCCAAGUUGUACGGGUAUAUGACCACAAAACACACCAGCAGGUGGCAAUCAAAAUGGUGCGGAACAAGAAACGAUUUCAUCGACUGGUAGCUGAAGAAAUACGGAUCCUGCAGCACCUUCGCAAGCAGGACAAGGAUAACAAAAUGAAUGUCAUACACAUGUUGGAACAUUUCACAUUCCGCAACCAUGUGUGUAUAACUUUCGAGUUGCUAAGCAUGAACCUCUAUGAGUUCAUCAAAAACAACAAAUUCCAGGGGUCCAGCCUACUACAAGUGCGCAAGUUUGCACAUUCAAUUUUGCAGUGUCUCGUGUCAUUACACAAGAACCAGAUCAUCCAUUGUGACCUCAAACCUGAAAACAUCAUGAUCAAGCAGCAAGGUCGUGCCGGAAUUAAAGUGAUAGAUUUUGGUACUAGUUGCUAUGAGCACCAGCAGAUUUACACUUACAUUCAGUCCCGCUUCUACCGUGCUCCAGAAGUCAUCCUGGGAUCACGCUAUGGUAUGCCCAUCGAUAUGUGGAGUUUUGGGUGCAUUUUAGUGGAAUUACUCACUGGGUACCCUCUGUUCCCUGGAGAAGAUGAAGAGGACCAACUCGCAUGUAUUAUUGAGCUGCUGGGUAUGCCACCUCAGAAGCUUCUGGAUGUAUCCAAAAGAGUCCAACAUUUUAUAAGCCCCACAGGUUAUCCCUGGUAUUGUAAAGCUACCAGUCUACCGGAUGGCUCAGUAAUUCUGAAUGCAGGACGGUCAAGUGGAGGAAAAGUCCGCGGGCCCCCGGGAAGCAAGAAGUGGACAGCAGCUCUCAAAGGGUGUGAUGAUCCCCUGUUCUUAGAGUUUCUGAAGCAGUGUCUGGAGUGGGACCCGUCACUGCGCAUGACUGCCCUGCAGGCCCUGCACCACCCCUGGCUGAACUGUUGUAUCAAGACUUUCUAGAGACAAUGACCCUAUGGCUGACAUUGUUGCUCAUUGAUUAUGGCCUCUAAACUGAGGACUAAUCUGGAAGAGGUACACACACCGUCUACAACCGUUUGUCCCAAGCAGGGUCACAGCAAACUGGAGCCUAACCCUGUGGCAACAUAC